AUUGGUCGAGCUCACAGAACAUCCACCAAUAGGAAAUUGACAGGAGGCUGCCGGGUUCCGACUGUCGACAAGUGUUGCAGAAUGUUUCGGAAACUUUUGUUUUCUCUCUUUCUCAUUUUUAUAUAUCAUUAUGACCUUAUUGAUGCACAGAAGAAAAAGGAGACUCUCCUGUCAGAGAGGGUGAGUCAGAUGAUGGAGUGGACCAACAAGCGUUCUGUCAUCAGAAUGAACGGGGAUAAGUUCCGCCGCUUUGUGAAGGCUCCCCCCAGAAAUUACUCGGUGGUCAUCAUGUUUACAGCGCUGCAGCCACAGAGGCAGUGUGGCAUCUGCAAGCAAGCUGAUGAAGAGUUUCAGGUCCUGGCUAACUCCUGGCGUUAUUCCUCUGCGUUUACGAACAAGGUCUUCUUCGCAACUGUGGAUUUUGAUGAAGGAUCAGACGUCUUUCAGAUGCUCAAUAUGAACUCUGCUCCAACAUUUCUCCACUUCCCUGCCAAAGGAAAGCCCCGCGCGCCUGAUACCUAUGAGAUUCAGGUCAAAGGCUUUGCAGCUGAGCAGCUGGCAAGAUGGGUAGCAGACAGGACUGAUGUGCAGAUACGAGUCAUUCGUCCUCCGAACUAUGCUGGGCCUCUCCUACUCGGCUUCCUCCUGGCUGUUAUUGGAGGACUGGCAUAUCUGCGGAGGAACAAUUUAGAGUUUCUUUUUAACAACAACGUCUGGGCCUUCUCUGCACUGUGCUUUGUCCUGAUCAUGACCUCUGGCCAGAUGUGGAACCACAUCAGAGGACCACCAUAUGCGCACAAGAACCCUAACACUGGCCAAAUUAGUUACAUCCAUGGCAGCAGUCAGGCUCAGUUUGUGGCUGAAACGCACAUUGUACUAUUUUUCAAUGCUGCUAUUACCUUGGGGAUAGUGCUGCUGUGUGAGGCUGCUUGCUCUGACAUCGACGUUGGAAAGAGGAAGAUUAUGUGUGUCGCAGGUAUCGCUUUGGUGAUGCUCUUCUUCAGCUGGUUAUUGUCCAUUUUCAGAGCAAAGUAUCAUGGCUACCCAUACAGCUUUUUGAUGACUUAGAACUGAUCAACCUCCCUCUCCUGUUCUCAGUACUGAGCUUAUGUCCCUAAAGUGCCCUUUAUUUAGUACAGGAACAUUGUCAUGUUGGUACUGGAAGACAUGUUUUGUCUUCUACACCAUGCAGCCAAAAAUGUUAGCGUGAUGAUGUGUUUAUAAUAAUUAUAAUAAUGGUUUAGAUUUUUAAAGCGCUUUUCGAGACACACAAAGGGGUUUGCAAUGAGGAUGUUAACACACAAAACCUUGGCUGUCCUCUUUGUGUGUGACAGAAGGAGGAAUCAACAAAUAUGGCAAAUAAGUGACUUAGUUUUAAUUUCUGUAGGGUGUUUUUCUCGCAAAAUGAGACUUUGCUCAAAAAUGUGUAGCCACUUUCAUCCAUCCAUUUUCUACCACUAGGCGCUGGAGCCUAUCCCAGGACAAGUCGCAGGGCCUGUGGCUACUUAAUAUACAAAAUAAAUAACAAAGUAUAAAAAAAGAACAUACUUUUGGAAGUACAACAGACUUAUUAAUGUUGUGCGGUUUACAAAUAUGAUUGGAAACUAGAUUUGACCAAAAUAUGAACACAAUAGUAGCAUGCGGUGACUUCAUGCUCAUGUUUUAUACAGUACUUCUGAGUACUGUCAAAAAUGUAUGAUAUCCACAGUUGUGGAUUACAUGUCAUAAAUUGUGUCGUUAGCUACAGCUGAUGAUGUAUGCAGUACACAAAUCUAAGAGUUGUCAGCAAUGCAGGAACUUUUGAAUUUUCAGCUGUCAAAUAAAGCAGUAAUGUUAUGGUCACAUUCUGAAUAUAACGGCAGUGUAAUACGUUCAUGUUGGGUUCAAUGUGUGAUAAAAUACUUUCUGCAAGAUAAUUGUAAUUAAGUGCCUCAUAGGUUUGUUUUUUUUAAACUAUUUUAUUCCAAAAGAGCACAAUUUCAGUAGCCAGGGUUAUGUUUUUUUAUUUUUUUUCUAAACACUUGUUAUUUGCAGCGCCAGUCUCUCCACAGGUGCAGCACAAACAUUUUUGCAAGCUAUAAAUAAACCAACAGAAGAAA